GACGCUACUCGUUCAGUCCUGGUAUGAAAACAAUAAACAACCCGUUGCCUCCGAGAGCCGUAGAGGACCUAUCGCUUAUUUCGCUCACAUAUGCGAUCAAAAUAAGGACCGGAGCGUCUCGUUUCAGCGCAAAUAAUCGUUUUUAAAAGGCGCUCUGUACAAACCCAGGUCCAAACGCGAAGGCUCGGGGGAUUUUGGUGUCAAAGGACAGGAAGUUAGUUAGACGGGUUCGUCCGCUCUUGUCCACACUAGCUCGCGUUCACUCUGUUACUCUCGUCUGCACACACUACCGAGGGCCCUUAAAUCUGUUAUGCAGGACUGGUCUCUUGUUCCGCCACCUCUCAGCUCCCUCUCCCCGUCUGUCGUGGCCCUAUGUCUCGGUGGCUCUUCCCAUGGUCGGGCUCAAUAAAGAAACGGGCCUGUCGGUACCUCCUGCAGCACUACCUGGGCCACUUUUUGGAGGAAAGACUCAGUUUGGACCAGCUGAGCUUGGACCUGUACAAUGGCAGCGGUGUCAUUCGGGAAAUUAACUUGGACGCUUGGGCGGUGAAUGAGUUUUUGGAGUCUUUAGGAGCUCCGCUAGAGAUUGUCGAAGGUUUUGUGAGCAGCAUUUCGGUGACUAUUCCCUGGGCGGCGCUCGUGACGGACCACUGCACCCUUGAAGUCACUGGACUGCAAAUAACAUGCAGACCCAAAUACAGAAUGAGUGGGAGCUGGGACUCCCAAGGGUGGUCCUCGUGUAUGACGUCCAGCAUGCAGCUGGCCCAGGAGUGCCUGAAGGACCCCCCAGAGGCGUCCGAAGAGCCGCCUGCUCCGCUGGAGGGGCUGGAAAUGUUUGCACAGACCAUCGAGACGGUCCUACGUCGAAUUAAAGUCACCUUCCUGGACACCAUAGUGCGAGUAGAACACCAUCCCCUGGAUGCCGAGACGGGGGUUGCCUUAGAAAUGCGCAUUAAACGGGUGGACUAUUGUGAUGAGGCUGUGAGAGACUCAAGCCAGACAGUGCCUGUGGACAUCCACCAGCCACCAGCUUUCCUGCACAAGAUCCUUCAGCUUAACUCUGUACAGCUGCUUUAUGAGACCCUGGGAGGAUCACAGGGGCUGAUUCAUUCGGAUGUUAUGGUGGGCAGCAGGGAGGGCAUGAAGAAGGCGGAUGAGAAAGAUGAGGAGGGUGAAGAUGUAGACGAUGCCUCCAAACCUUCUCAACCAUUGCAUCAUACCCAGAAGCCGCCCGAACCCCUGCUGAUCGGGCAAUGCUCAGGAUUCAUAGAGACGACGGUCAAAAUUAAACAGAACGAAAUGCUGCCUGGACCCAAGUUUGAGCUGGACGGUAAGGUUGGUUGCCUCCACCUGCUGCUGUCCCCAAGUCAAGUGACUCGCCUGACGGACCUCCUGUCUGCCCUCUGCAUUGAGACGUCAGAAGGCAGCCGUGGUGGUGGGGUGUCCGGUGGAGGGGUGUCCAGACCUCUGGGCUCUGAUGAUCUGCGUUUGAUUGAGGAAGAUCUCAGUAAACAGCUGAAUGCAGAGAUGAUGGACAGAGACCUGGAGCUGGACGCAGAGCCCUAUGUCAACAGAGUGGAGAACGGAGAGAUGUUUUACUCCAUGGGUGCCGGCUGUAUGACCAGCAGUGUGUUGUCCACACGCUCUGGCAGUGAAUAUUCGGACAGCGACAUGGAGUCGUCCAUUCAUAGUCAAAGCAGCGUGGCCCAGUCAAAUCCUCUGUCUCCACAGGGAAUGCUUAACUGUCCUCGUCGUUAUCCUGUACCAGGAUCCUUAACUAGUUUACCACAAUGUAGCAGACCCUCAAAACGUUCGUCUCGUGGUGGCCAAUCCGAGCCAAUGAAACCAGACUCCUUGCUCCGCCUCUCGCUGGGCGGAGUCACGCUAACUCUGCUUGAGCAGGAACCGCCCCCCGUGCCCGACGGGCUCUCCUCAUUGGCCGAGGUGUCGCAGGUGUUUUUCCGGGAGCUUGCGUACUUUAAAGAUGGCAUGUUCAGCGAGAGAGACUUCCAAAAUUUGCGCGGGAGUUUUGCUAAAGCGUGUCCUCACUCUCACAUCAGGGUGACCGGUGCCGCGGUGCAGCUGGCGUGUGAGAUGCGUAGCGCAGGGCGGCACACCCGAGCCAUGACCUCCGACCUCUCCUUCAGCAGGCUGGAGCUACUGGAGUCCCUGUGGGAUUCUGGUGGUCCGCAGUACACGGAGCUUCUGCAGUUCCAGUCGGCUGGUCUCUUCACGAUGGGUGCGGCUGCCAGACCGUGCGCUCAGUUCCACCACAGUCUGUGUGAGAAGCACAUGCGCAAGAGUGGAACCAGGAGGCGUGUGGUGCGCAGAGACAGUUCUCUACAGGUUGAGCUCGGAGAACUCAGCUCCGAGUUGGACUUGGAUAUUCUGGGCCGACUGGAGCACAUCUUACAAGCCUUGAGUCAUUGUCCUACACCUCCCCAAAGAACCAAAGCACACGCACCAGAGUCUCAGUUGUUAGAGCUUCACUCUUCCCUGGUGCUUCGAUCUCCUCACGCUGUGCUGAAGGUGCGUUUCCCCGUCCCUGACCUUCGACCCCCGGGUCUGAGGCGACCCCUGAGCCAGCGUGCGGUGUGCAGUGAGAUCCUGAGCUUGCAGAUCUCCAACCUGGAGCUGAGGUCUCAGCAGGGGCCGGAUGUUCCUCAGGACGGCCCGAGCAGCCCUGGAGCCAAACUUACCAAACUGCUGGAGGCCUGUUUUACAGAUCUACACGGAGUGUACGAGGGUUGGGAGGGAGAAGCAUUUCCCUGCAUCUGUGUACAGAAGAGUCCAGAUCCACACAACCCUGACGCCAUGCCCAGGAUUCAGGUGCGUGUGAAUGAGGGAGCAGCUUCUGACAGCCGAGGCGCGCGUGAAGGGCUCAACACAGAUCUGGGUCUGGCCUCCAUGUCUCUGGAGAAUCCCUGUGAGCUCAGAGAGAAGACCAGCUCGCCAUUCUCCUCCAACCGCACCAUGUUUGAGACGGAAGAGAUGGUGAUCCCAGCUGACCCAGAGGAAAUGAAAGAGUUUCAGUCUCAGUGUAUAUGUCAGUGUCAGUAUGUGGUUGAUAUCACGUUUCCUGUAGCUUUUAUCCUCCUGCCCAGCAAAGAAGCUUUCCAGAGCAUCUACAACAGGAUUAAUAAUGAUCUGUUGAUGUGGGAGCCUCCUCCCGCUCCUCCUCCCCCAGCACCCUCCUUCUCUUCACGAGGUGCCCGUAUUCCCUCUCACCAGCGCAGACCCGAGAAGGACGAGUUUUACCUCUGUAAAUCUGCCUUCAGACUGGAAUCUGACUCUGAGGAGGAGGAGCCUCAGUUUUACUCAGCCAGCCAAUCAAAGAGAAGAAAGCAGUCGGCGUCUCAGUCUGGCCACGCCCUCAGUCUGCUCUGUUUAACCGUGCUGAUUGGCAAGGGUCGCCUACAAGCCAUGACUGACUGCAAGAACGAGGCUGGGCGUAAAGUGGAACGGUGUCAUGGAGAACUCGUUUUGGACUUGGAAGGGGGGAAGAUUUUUAGUGUGACGCAGCACCAGAACAAUCCAAAUCUUAACUUCCUGACCAUAGAGAGCAGAAAAGUGGAGCUCUAUCAUAAAGCGGAGGUCCCAGACUCCCCCAUCCCCGAGAGAUUAGAAAUGCCCAGAUUCACACCCCCAGGUCAUUUGGACCCCACCAUUUACCCCACGGAGGUAGGGGUGAGCAGCGUCGGCGGGAGAGAAACCAACAUCCAAAUGCUAUCGACUGCCAUCCAAAUCACAUUAGACCUGGAGAGAAAUGUCAAGGAGUUUCUGGUGGCGUUGCGACUCCACGGUGCUACUUUACGACAUCACAUGGCAUUGACCAAUCACAGCUGGCACGAACAGAUAGUUGAUUUCCUUGACGUUAUAGAUGAUGAUAUUUUAGGAUACACCCCACCUGCUGUCAUCACAGUUCUACACACUCACCUGGCCACAUGUGCGGUCGACUACAGACCUCUUUAUCUUUCUCUGCGAGUUUUGUUGACCGCAGAGUCCUUCUCUCUGUCCAGCAACAUCAUCGUGGACACCGCGACCUUUCACCUCAGGUUUAUCUUGGAUGACUCUGCGUUGUACCUGUCUGAUAAAUGUGAAAGUGACACAGUGGAUUUGAGGCGAGAUUAUGUGUGUGUGUUAGACAUUGAUCUGUUGGAACUGGCCAUCACCACAUGGAAAGGAACAGACUCCAGUAAACUGACUCAGCCGCUGUUCGAGCUCCGUUGUUCUAAUAACGUCGUUCACGUGCACACCUGUGCGGACUCGUGCGCUGCCCUUGUUAACAUGCUGCAGUAUCUGGUCUCUCAGGGUGACCUUCACCCCCCCCCUCGCCACACGUCCCCUACAGAGAUCGCCGGACAGAAGCUUCUGCUGUCAGAAAGCCCCGCCUCCCUUCCGCCCUGCCCACCAGCGGAGACGGCAGAGAUUAACCAAUGUGAUCUCACAGAUGCCUUGAUUGACACGGAGAGAAUCCCACACGAAGAGAACCAAGAUUCAGGCUCCCCAUCCACCCGACGAGCCUCACCUGUCUCGGUCUACCUGUUCCCGGGAGAAGCUCCUAAGCCCCGCCCCUCUGUACUGGAAGGGGAGGAGUCUGAUCUUGACGGACUGGUGACCACAGCUAUGGAAGUUCAUGCAGAUGUGAUGUCAGAGGAAGGCUCAGAAUGUUCCACAGAUAAUGAUGACUUCUGCAUCCUAGAAGCUCCUGGGAUGGGCAUCCCGCCUAGAGACGGUGAGCCUGUGGUGACGUUGCUCUCUCAGGGCCCUAUAAAGGUGCGUGAUGGGUAUUUCUCACGGCCACGUGGCAGUUCAGACCUGCUGCGCGCUCCCGCCUGCUUUCCAGUGCCUCAGAACAGACUGGUGCUCCGAGAAGUGUCCGUUAUCUGGCACCUGUACGGUGGGAAAGACUUCGGGGGCAAACCCAGCUCCGGUCACCCGCAGCACAGUCAAAAGGUUCGAGCGGCCACUCCCGGAGCACGUGGGUCUCCGUCUCGUUCAGCUGGACCCUCACGUCCUCAGAACUCUUGGCGCUGGGUUGGUGGCAGUGGGAGGCAGCACACGCUGCUCAUGGAGAUACAGCUGACGAAGGUCAGUUUUCAGCACGAGACGUACCCGGUGCUGUUGCCUGCUGUGCCGGGUCAGGACGCAGAGGGGGCGGGGCUUGGCGAACAGCCUAUUUCCCGUCAGGUGUUUAUCGUUCAGGAGCUGGAGGUGCGAGAUCGAUUGGCUUCCUCUCAAAUUAACAAGUUCCUGUAUCUGCACACCAGUGAGAGCAUGCCACGCAGAGCACACUCCAACAUGCUGACUGUGAAAGCGCUGCAGGUGAUGCCCGAGUCAGGUCUGGGCGGUCCAGAAUGUUGUCUCAGAGUGAGUCUGUUACCAUUGCGACUCAACAUUGACCAGGAUGCACUUUUCUUCCUGAAGGACUUUUUCAGUAACUUGGCAGCAGGAGUUAAUCCAUACCUACCCGUCGACCCUGCGGCCGAGGUGAGGACUGACGCUCCUCAAAAGCAUUCAGACGACACAGAUGCUGGCUCUGGAUUGGGUCCUGAUCUCGCUGCCUCAAUAGAAACAACCUACAGUGAGCAGAGUUCCUCCUCUGCCGGCUCCUCCUCUUCCUCUGACCAACCAAUCUACUUCAGAGAGUUCCGCUUCACCUCUGAAGUUCCCAUCUGGUUGGACUAUCACGGAAAGCAUGUGGUCAUUGAGCAGGGAACGUUUGCGGGCAUUCUGAUUGGCCUGGCUCAGCUGAACUGCUCUGAAUUGAAGCUGAAGAGAUUGUGUUGUAGACAUGGUUUAGGAGCCUUACACACGACUCUCUAUUCUCUCAGGCUGUUGGGUGUUGAUAAGGUGAUUCAGUACGCUGUGAACGAGUGGCUUACUGACAUCAGGAAGAACCAGCUGCCGGGGAUUCUGGGAGGUGUGGGGCCCAUGCAUUCUGUUGUACAACUCUUUCACGGCGUGCGGGAUCUCUUCUGGAUGCCCAUUGAACAGUACCGGAAGGAUGGGCGCAUUAUUCGAGGGCUCCAGAGGGGGGCAGCAUCAUUCGGCACGUCGACGGCUUCAGCUGCCCUGGAGCUCAGCAACAGACUGGUGCAGGCAAUUCAGGCCACUGCUGAGACCGUGUAUGACAUCUUAUCUCCGACCCCUCCUCUGACACGCUACAUUAUAGAGGGACGGCCCACCCAACGUCCCAGACGCACCCCUCAACCAGCUGACCUCAGAGAGGGUGUGGCCAAGGCCUACGACACCGUUAGAGAAGGAGUGAUUGACACAGCGCAGACCCUGUGCGAUGUGGCAUCUCGCGGGCACGAGCAGAAAGGUCUUCCGGGAGCAGUGGGCGGGGUUUUGCGUCAGAUCCCUCCCACCGUCGUCCGCCCCCUAAUAGUUGCCUCGGAGGCCACGUCCAACCUGCUCGGAGGCAUGAGGAACCAAAUUAAACCGGACGCGCGGAAAGAGGACUUCUUGAAAUGGCGCACAGAAGACGGCCAAGAAUGAGAUUGACGGGGGUUGAAGAAGUCAGAUUUUUGUUAGUGUGAAUGAAGCGUGAAUGAAUGUACGAGUAUUAAUGUGAGUUUGUUCCUGAGCACAAAUGCAAAAGUGAAGGACAACAAACUCUUAAAGGAAACUAGAUUUUAAAGUGGCCUCCACACAGUUGCACACUUUUUUUUGUACGAUGCAAAUGGUUUUGCACUUAGCUAGAAGCGGCGCUCUCAAAGUGCAGAUCACCCUCAUCUUGAUGUAUUACGUAUGCAAUCAUAUCAGUUUGUAACGCUGUUUACCUGUGAGCUCAAGACCAGAUGUUUUUCCUGCUCAUUCAACAUUUGGCCGAACCUACAUUUUCUCUCUGAAGUAUUACAAACGUAAAGUUGAACAAACUUGUUCAUAAUCUCUGGUUUAAGUAAGGCGAAUCGAUCAUUAAAAUGACUAUAUUGAGGUGGCCUUACUAUAUAUAUUGAUUCUUUUAACACUAGUGAAAUGAUUCUUUGUCCUCUGAUGUUUUGAUUGUGUUUCAAACACAGUCUGUUCUCCUGAUGUCCUAGUGCCAUAUUUCUGCUUUAUUGACAUUAUAAACACUUUCAAUAUAAGUUUCCCUUUGUUUAAAUCUCUUGAGCCUAAACUAACAUUAUUAUUUGAAAGUCACAGUAAUUCAAGAAACUCAUUCUUGUUACUUUGUAUUUUUCAGAAUGUGAUCGUGUUGUCUUUUCCUCAAGGAAACAUGUCUGGCAAACCUUUCGCCCCAAAAUCAAAGAGAUAAGUCAAAAAUAAAAACAAUGAUUCGGUAGAAAAUGCGGCCUAUGCCAUGACACGUUACAUUGUUUGUUAUAUUAGUUUUAUGACACAAUCUUUACAUAGUUUCUUUUUAACAAAAUGCAUCCAACCAUUUUUAAUGUUUUCAAAAUGAUUCUAAAUACUGUAAUACAAUGAUUUUAAGUUGUAUUAUAAUUAAACAAUUACUGGACUGCGGUCAUUUUUAAAAUCAGCAAAAGGCAGAACAGCAUUUGUUUUUUUCUUGCAUCACGUUAAUGAAGUGUGCCGAACAGUCAAGGCAAAAAAUCCUGAAAACACACCUUGCUUAAUGCAAAAUAUAAUUCUUAUUUCUUUUGAUUUUGGCUUAAAAUAUGACACAUACAUAAUCUUGACGAGUUUUGUUCGCUUUACCCUUUAUUUGGCCGUUUUCUCCAAAACCAAACAUGCUUGCUUUCAUUUCAUUAGUUGCCUUCCUACAUAUUUGUAAUAAUGGCUAAUGAAAUGUAAAAGUGAUGGUAAGCAUUUGGUGCCCAUUCUCUCUCGCUUUUAUUUUCGUUAAAUGCAUACCGUGUGAGGGAAGUGAGUUUUGGGAUAUUUUGUGUUUAUGUGUACAGUGUGUGUUCUGAGUGGGUGUGUAUGAGCAUGCAUGUUUGUGAUUUGAUGGUCGUUACGUUACGAUGACUGGCCGGCUAUAUGCUUCAUAGCUACCGCCAGUGUACGUUUAUUUCUUCUGUAAUUAUAUUGAUAUAAUACGCUGUAAGAAUUACCUGUAUAGUACCAAGACAAUGUGCAAACAAAUUAAUACAAAAAAUAAAAUUGUGCAUUC